AUGGCACGGGGUGGGAAACAACGCAUUACUCGUAGCCAUGAUGAGUACUUGUCUGAGGACCAUAUUGGAGAGAAAAGUCCCCAAAAAAAUGUUGCAUCAUCUGAACAAAACAUAAGUAAUAAAGAAGACCAUUUAGAUAGCAGAAGCGAUAAUGAGUCCCAAGACAUAACUAUGUCAAAUAACAUAAAUGGAGAGGACCAACUUGAUGGCGCUGAUGAGGUUAAAGAGGUUAAAAGGCGUGGGAAGACAAAACUUAUUAAUGUUUGGAACAUUCCAAGAGGCCAUAGGGUUGUAGUUAAUUGUAAUGAGCUGAAUCAGCCUAUCGGAGAAGAGGCAGGAGUCCUUGCAAAAUUCCUUGGCAUGGUUGCUAGGAAUGGCUCCUUGUGUAGCUUAAGCUUCAAGGAUUGGAGACUACUUAUAGGAAAGAAAGAUAGGAACCAUAAACAAAUCAAUAAGGAGGCCAUUCUUAAUCAAGUAAAGAAGAGAUUUCUUUACCCUGCCGGCAUGGAAACAUGGGUGCUACGAACAAUUGGAGAGAGAUGGAGGCAACACAAGUCCAAUUUGAAAUCCAUUUAUUUUGACCCACAUAAGAGUCAGGAUGCUAAUAAUAGUAAUGCUCCUGAUGGUGUAUUAGCUGAUCAGUGGGUUGCGCUUGUCAAUAAUUGGAUGACCCCUAAAGCACAGGAUUUAAGUGAGGCCAAUAGGAUAAAUUGUACAAGAAGAAAGUCAAUGCAUACAUUUGGAACAAAAAGCUUUGCUCGGAAUAGAGAAGAAUUGAGGGAACAAGAUCCUGAAAAGAAAUACCCUCAUAGGGCUGUUUUGUAUGUCCACACACACAAGUCUAACAUCGGCAACAACAGAAAUGCACAUGUGGGUGAAUUGAAGGAACUUUUAGCACAACAACCUGAUUUAGUGGACUCUAGUAAUGGAAAGGAUGCAUGGGAAGGAGAUACACUAAACAGAAUAUUAGGAAAGGAAAAGCCUGGCCAUAUCCAUGGUCUGGGCCUUGUUCCAAAUCCAAAACAAGUUUUUGAUGCCUCGACAUCAAGCCGUAUGAAGCAUCUAAAUGUAACCACUUUGGAUGAAACAUCCAGUGAAGAUGUAGUAUCACUUAGACUUGAAUUGGAAAAACUUCAAAAGCAUGUCCAGAAGCAAGAUGAUACUAUACUAGAUUUGCAACAUACCGUGGAGCGACAGAAAAGGCAACAUGGCUAUCCAGAUGCUCCUUUAUCGCCACCAACAGAUGUUCGUCCUGCUAUGAAACGACAAGGCUAUCUAGAUGCUCCUUUAUUGCCACCAACAGAUGUUCGUCCUGCUAUGAAACGACAACGAAUUUAUUGGCAACUUCGUAGUGAAGAUUCUAGUAUGUUUGGUGAACGGAAUAACACAAUGAGCAAGCCACCACAGUCACGACGUGAAGCACUCCAUGCUAGUAGAGUUUCUGCAUCAAUAAAGAUUGAAAAGGUUAACUGA